AUGAUAUAUUACAUCCACCGCGACCUGGCAGCGAGAAACGUGUUGUUGGCCGAGGAUAACGUUGUGAAGAUCUGUGACUUCGGCCUGGCCAAAGACCUGUACAAAGAUCCUGAGUACCACAAGAAGGGAGAUGGUCCAGUGCCUGUCAAGUGGAUGGCCCUGGAGUCUUUCACCCAUCGUAUCUACACCACCAAGAGUGAUGUAUGGUCGUAUGGUAUCAUGCUAUGGGAGCUGUUCUCACUAGGCGGCAAUCCUUACCCUGGUGUGGAGAUAAACGAGAAGUUCAUUGGUCUCCUCAAGUCCGGCUAUCGCAUGGAGAAACCUCAGUAUGCCAGUCCUGAGCUCUACAAGGUGAUGCUGAAGACGUGGAAAGUCGACCCCGACGAGCGACCUUCCUUUUCUGAACUGGUGUCUACCAUGGGAGAUUUCCUGGAAGCCAAUGUUAAACAGUACUACCUUGACCUCUCCUCACACUACGUGAAGAUGCUGGCCGACGGCGAGGGCUACGGUGACGAGCCCAACAUCGCCACAGACAGCGACGGCUACCUAAAGAUGUCGCAAGGCCUUGACCCCGACUACCUGCCCAUGAGCGCCACGCCGCCGGACGAGAAGACUCCGCUCAAGGCCGAUGCUCCCCGCUACGCCAACGAGCGUCUGUGGCGGCCCGAUGAAGGAACUGACAUCGAGAUGGAGCCGCUGACCAGGAACGACAGCAAAGUGUCCGUCCCCGAGAUGAUCGCGCCGGGCUUUACCCCAGGCUCUGAGACCAACAGUCAGGUACAGACAGUGGCUGAGGUUCACCAGCAUGAGGACAACGACAGCGGACACAGCAGUAGCUACGAGGGAGCGGGCGCGGCUGCCAACGACGACUACCUGGUCCCUAUCUCUGUGGAGAUGCCCGAGGAACAAGCGCCGCCGGUCCCCAGCGGGGCUCAGCCACACAGCCAACGAGAGCGUGGGGACCGGACCACCGCGCAGCCAGCCUCCGGAGGUGAAGGUCGCACCCGAGCUUUGCCGUCAAACCGGAGCAGAGGAAGUCAGGGUUCGUCGUCCAGUCAGGGAGGUCCGGUUCCCUCCCCCGUUGGAGCAGUCAGUAACUCGGCCUACGCCCCGAACCCGAUCCCGGGCUCACAACUCUCUCACGACCUCAACUCGAAAGCGGCGGCGGCUGCUAAACCCCGCCCCCAACAGCUGCAGAGACCGGCCCUGGGUUCCCGCGUGUACAACGCCGGUCCUAACGGCUCUGGUGGUAGCAGCACUGGCAAAACCGCCGGGGGUCGCUCGCCGGCCUCCUCACUACCCAUGAAUCCCUUCGCUCGCUACCACCGACCCACAUCAGCUACGUCACCAGAACCCACCUCCCCACAGACUCCGCCCCUCUCGGACAUCGGGAACAGCGAGGCGGCUGGGGCUAGUCAACCCCUGCUGGAAGGAUUCAAGUCGCGUGUGGCCAAAAAACGGGCGGACCUGCCUCUACUCUUGUCCAACACAUCCAGCGGCUACAACUCUGAUAUGAGUCCCUCUGAGCCCACGCCCCCUCCCGACUACAGAGCUGUGCUAGAGGAUGUGACUGAGACGGAUAUCUUGGUGUAGUGGCUCCGUUUGUGUCUGUGAGGGGAAAGUCUUUGAGGGGAAAGUCUUUGAGGGAAAAUGUUUGAGGGAAACAGUAUUUGAUAUUGCUCACCAACUUUUACUGGACAGUUUAUUUGGUGGGGAAAGCUUCAACACUUUCACUACACAAAGGCAAAGGACCUGCUAGGGAUUGAUUUGCAAACAUUCUGGUUUUGAGUUUCAUUCAUGAGAACGCUGACAGAACAGUGAAGUCAAUUUGUGUAUCCCCAUUAAGGGCGUACUAUUUUACUCUAGGACUACCGUGCUUUUCCCUGUUUUUGUGAGAUGGAAUCUAUAAAUAGACUUGUUGGAUCAUGAUGCUGAUUCAGCCUGUGGCUUUUCAUCUUUGAGAUAAUGUUACACAUUCAUUCGUACAAAGUUUGCUUGAUUUUAAAGUCGGUGUUGAAGUGUAUGUCUUAUCGCUGAAUGUUUAUAUAAAGCUUUUAACUGUUUUACUUGUGUGUGUGUGUGUGUGUGAGUCCAUGAGGAAUCCUGUGAAGUGUGUGUGUGCGGGUGUGGCGUGCGUGCGUGUCCAAACUUCUGUUGGUGUGUUCGGUCAUGCACGGGUAUACAACAUAGAUAUUACAAGAUAUAUACCACUGUUGUGUUGACACAUUCAACACACUGGGAACCAAGGUCCAAGGUUACAAGAGAGAAGGGAACGUGUUGUAGCAUGUGCUGAUGUGUGAGUGAGUGGGAGAGAAAUGUGUGAGGCGUGCUGACAAAAUGAGUUACUUCUCGCAAUCUGAAAAUGGAGAUAUCUGCCGAAAAUCAACAGUAGAGUCAGAUUGAUGGAUUUUUCUAUAGAUACCUGUUUCUUCAAGUCUACCUAAUCUUUUAUUUUUCCAUACUUUCAAAUUGUACAAACUCCACCAAUGAAGUUGAUGUAUCAAUUUCUGUAUGGCUAAAAUCCGAAAAGUAACUCAUUUUGUCGGCACACCUCACAUGUGGAUGUUUGGGGGACACCAUUGACAUAAUAUUACUCCCACAGAUCAGAAGCUGGUAAGAAAUACUCAACACUCUGGUGUGCUUUGGCUGGAUUGUGAGACGCUGUUGUAAGUCGAGAGAGGAACAAAAUGUGAGGCAGCGUGGUGAAAUCAGAUGCUCGACAAAAUAACGAAAUCGGAGAAAUAAGCAUUUUCC